AUGGAAAUAGUCAACCCUGAAGAAUCGAGGGUUAUUCCAGCUGGACUUGACAGGGAUGCAAUAAAAAAAUAUCAUUAUAUAAUACAAGGGAUUAUAGACUCACAAGCAAGGCUGAUUAUUUUUGUAAUUCAGGUUCCAUUAUUCCUAUAUGUACUAGAGACGUUUUAUGAUUUAGGGAUGAGGAGGGGUGAUUUAUUGAUAUAUACUGCUGUGUCAGAUACUUUAUCAAGUAUUUUGGUAAAAGAUGAUUAUCUAUAUAAAAGGCUAGAAUUAGGAGUUCCUAUGAUAACAACCAUGCCUGAACAAUGAGUAGGGCAAUUUGGUCAAGGAGUUUAUUCAAAAAUGCUGCAGCUCUACAAUAACUCUGCUCCAAGCUCAUUUUCGUGCCAUUAUUUUGAUCUAGUUUAUCUAAUAAGCAUGCUCUUGAUUUUAUGAUAA